AACGAUCCAGUCCUUUCCUGCUUUUCCGGGCGUGUUAACGAGAGCAGCUUAAUUCCAAAAUUCGACCAAGCUUGGUGUAAACAUGAUGCGACGGUAAAUCUUGGAAAGAACACUGGAUCGGAGGGGCGUGUAGAAUAAGUUCCACUCGACACGAGUGGAAUCUCUCUGACUCAAGGGAUGCCGAUCGACCAGUCGGGUAUAAGGCCAACAUGCUUGUCGCCGGGCGACGACUGCGACGCAUGAAAUAAAAAGAAACUAAGCCAAAUGCAACCACAAAAAGUACAAAGCAGGCGUCACGAAAGUGAAGAAAACCCAGCCCAAGGGAAAAAGGAAACAGAGAGAGCGUGGCGCGCUGAGCUCAGAACAUGAGAUGAAGCUCACAGUAAAUUUUUCUUAAUAGUAAUCAGCUGGAUAAUUAUUGCAUGGUUUCAGUUAUGAGUCGAUCCUAUCAUACACCGAAGAUGAUCGAACGCUUGCUUUUGAAGCAAUCGAUCGGCCAACUGCAGCUCCAUGCAUCUCUGACACGCAAUGUGCGACCAAGUUUCGGUUUUGUGACUCUGGGGAGCACCAACAUGAUCAUGCGAAUUUGGGACUGGUUUUGGAUUACGCAUCAACGUUUAGUGCGCGAGUUUUGUCUGUGCUGGAGGCCAUGGUCCACGCGGAUCGCCAAAUUCCGUUUGAACAUUCAAGAAUUCGUAUGGUGGAUCGCUCACGAGGCUUGCGCGGAACGGAGAGAAUGGCAUGCAGACUUUAACCCGUGGAGUAUGACAGUCCCCCGGGGGUUUGGAUAGGAGUGAGCACGUGAUGUCGAAGUGGCUUAAACUUACAAGGCCAGGACGUGUUCUGAUCUCAACAAGGUCCUGAGUAGGAGGUCAUAGGGUUCGGUGUUGGUGGUCAAAUCUGAGUGAUUGAUGCUCGAAACCGUGAAAAGGCUUUAUCUAUAUAUGGCAACGUAUUUGACUUCUCUGUAAAGCUGCUCUCUUAAUUGGAAUUGCAUUCGGAUUUCCGGUUGAGACAGUACAUUGAAAGAUGGAGCAGACAUUGGCUUUUGCGCAUCAAGUGUGCUCCGUCGGGACAUCACCAUGUUCUCUGAUCAGGCCGCCGAAAUUAAAGCUGCAGUUGAAUUCUGCCUCGGAAGCGUUUCGUUGUAGUAGAUAUGGUCAGAUCCUGCUUGAGAAGAAAAUCGGUGUUCAAUCAUAUUGGAAUGGACAAUGGGUCGCAUCUCCAAGGACACUAUCUUGUUCACAGAAACAUAUUGUUGCUUGUGAAGUACGAAUUCAAGGGCCUUGUCGAAGGCACGGUCAAAGUGUUACGAAGGACAAUGUGCGCAGUGGAUGUCGAUUUCAAGAGCAGCGAUGGAAGAUGGUGAAAAGAGCUGGUUACGUCAAAUGCCAUAUUCCCAGGGAGGCAAUGCGGAGCUGUCAGUCUUCAGGACAAGAAGAAUCUUCGAUCGGUACAAAUGAGUACCCGGAAGAGUCGAACAGAGACAACUCUUGUGAUCUACCUGAAGAAAUCGGCUUCAAAUCGUCAGCCUGGAAGUCAUGGUUCAGAUCUUUGUGCUCGACUGUCCUUGCCUUGACAAUAUGUGCUCCCCAAGCCUUGGGAGCUGGAGGAGCAGUGUUCGGAGACCUUGCACUUAUUAAUUGUGAAACACCUGAGAUCGAUUAUGCCCUUCUCAAAGGCUUGGAGGGGGCCAACUUGAAGGAAAAGCUACACGAUCUCAUCAAAGACCACACUGUCUACAGCUACAUCCAGGUGUGGGAAGCUCUGAAAGUCUUAGAUCAAGCAAAAGAUGAUCCAGACAGCGUGAUUGACAUAUACAGUUUGCAAAAGAUGCCCAAGAGCGCCCAGGGCAGCACUACUGGGUGGAAUCGAGAGCAUCUGUGGCCGCGCUCAUUUGGAUUGAAAGAUGGGCAGCCAGGAUUCACAGAUCUUCACAACUUGCGACCUUCAGAUGCCAAUGUAAACUCGUCAAGGGGUAAUAAGGUCUUCGGGGAUUGUAGUACCCAAGCAGUCCAGUGUUUAAUACCAGCAAACAAGGAAGCAGCACCCGAUACAGGUGCAAAUAAAGACAUAUGGAUGCCCCCGUCACAGGUAAGGGGAGAUAUUGCAAGAGCAGUGUUUUAUAUGGCAGUGCGUUAUGGAAGCGAGCAGCCUGUGGGAGUCAAGGAGUUGAGCUUGUCCAACUCACCUGACGUCGAGAGCGAAGUGAUGGGACUCCUCAAAGACCUUGUUCGCUGGAAUGAAUUGGACCCUCCUAGUGACUCGGAGCGAGAACGGAAUAACAAAGUUUGCUCACUCUAUCAACGUAAUCGGAAUCCGUUUGUUGAUCAUCCGGAAUUUGUUAAGGCUAUAUGGGGCGAUGGAUCUGAGCUCUCACCAGAUACUCCAGACAUACCAGACACUCCCGAACCUCCUAGUCCUUCAACAAGUGAUAUAAACGCUUGGAUCAACGAGUUGCACUACGAUAAUGCAGGGGCGGAUGUAGAGGAGUUUAUUGAAGUGGUCAUGGGACGAAAUGUUGACCCAACCAAUUUAAAGGUUGUGCUCUACAAUAAUGGUAAAGAAUAUCGAUCACUCUCUGUAGGUGACAACAAAGUCUUUUCAAAGGUGGAUAAUAUUAGCGAUGGCUUCUCCCUCUAUGUAGCAAGAUUUCCGAGUCCCUUGCUUCAAAAUGGUCCAUCAGACGGUUUGGCACUUGUGAGUGAAGGAAAAACAUCCGUCCAAGUGAUCCAGACACUGUCCUAUGAAGGGAGUUACAAAGCUGUGGAUGGGCCUGCCAAAGGUCAAGAGUCAGUGGAUAUUGGAGUUGAAGAAGGGUCGAAGACUCCUGUAGGAAGUUCUUUAGGUUUGAUGGGUACAGGUAAUAAGUAUGGGGAUUUCAAGUGGUCAAGUUUCAGACUUAGUGCAUCUCCUGGAGCCUUGAAUCCUGGGCAAAUACUCUCAGCGCCAGCACUCAAAUAAAUCACUUGUCAAGUUAAAGAAAUGAAUUUAGAAAAUGUCAAAAGUAGGUAGAAAAUUCACCACAAGCGCAGUGUUCUUUAACAUAAGAUUUACCUUCGUUCUCAGAUUUUAGAUUAUAAUCAUAGAAAAUUUUAUUGCCAGUCUGGGAUAGAAGCCACCAUCAAAGUGUAAGACCUGCAGUUACGAAUUGGUGACAACAGGAUACUUACAAGAUACACGGAAGCGGAUGGAAUAAUGGUACGGGUUGUAGGGUUCGUUUUGUGACAUUUGUCUGAUUUUCCUGUUUCUCAGUACCAUAUCUCUGGAAUCAUUAGGGUCUGAGAGGUGGAAUUUGUUUCUUGCGUUUUUCCUGAGCAGCGACACAUUGUAAAAGCUUAAACACAGAUGCGAGGACGUCCACCCACCUUUUGCCAGAACUUGCAUAUUCUUACUUACCCUUCGUAAUGUUUAUCACAGUUUUAUAUCAGAUGUCUAGGUUCUUACAAUAUUAUCUUCAAUGUCUAUUUGUAAGGGAGCAGCCCCAGACUGAGUUCUGCAUAGUCUUUUCACGACAUUUUUUGAAGGUUUGCGACCACUACUACUCUGUGUGUAACUGCCACCUCCUUGUGAAAGGAUUACAUUCAACUACGAUCAGAUGUUUUGGCAGGCCGGAAUUCUCGUGUUUUUUCUGGACGUCGAUGAUCAUCUUCUUAUUUGUAUCUCUUUGUCGACUUAAACUCUCCGACUCGAGUCUGAGCUACUUUUACUUCAUAGUUUCUAUUUGAACUCUAUUUACAUAAUAAGCUUUGACUCAAGUUUACUUGACAUCGUUCACUGAACCCAUAAACAUCGCAAACAAAUCGAAAAAAG